GGCUGGCCUUGCUAUCGUAAAUUCAAUUAAAAAAAUUCUCGCGUGCGACGAAACCUCGAGACGCCGAGGCAGCCAAGAGGGGAAGGACAGAGAGAGACAGAGGAGAGAGAGAGAGAGAGAGGGCAAGCGAGGGAGAGCUCCCCCGUCCGAAUCUCGCGAUCCCCAAUCCGGAGGCCUCCGAUUCGCCGAUCCGGCCGCGGCCGGAGGAGAGAUCCCGCCGAUCGGGGAGCUCGGGGGCUCGGAUUCGAGCUCCUACUCGUGGGUCUUCCUGAGCUAGCCUCGCCGCCGGGAGGUGGGUGGUAAGUGGGGUGGGCCCGGCGGGCCGGGUGGAUGCUGUCCGUGAGGCAGCGGCAGGAGGAUGCGGCCGGCCGCGGCGCCGUAGCUCAGCUCCGGGGCGGCAUGGACGACGACGCCGAGCUCGAGGAGGGGGAGGCCUGCGGAGACGACACCGCCUUCGUCGACCCCGACGUUGCGCUCUCUUACAUUGAUGAAAAACUUCAAGAUGUACUUGGCCAUUUUCAGAAGGACUUUGAAGGAGGCGUCUCUGCCGAGAAUCUAGGGUCGAAAUUUGGUGGAUAUGGCUCAUUUUUACCUACAUACCAGCGCUCUCCUCUUCCUCAAACUAGAAGUCCACCUAAGGCAGCAAAUGUUACCUCAAAAUCUCCCUUUCACCAGUCUUUUGAGGGCGUUUCUCAAAACCCUUCGGCUGUGGCAGUUCCAUCUAUCCCACAAAAUAAUGGUCCUGUGGUGCCCUUUUCUGGCGAUUCAACUAAAAAGGAAACACAUCCAAUCACAAAGGCUGAAAGGAGUUCUGGGCAUUCCGGCUCUCAUGAUUCUUAUGGGCCAUCUAAAUCUAGUGACCAGAAUAGAUUUAAAGUCCGGAUAAAAGUCGGUUCUGAUAAUGUUUUGGCAAGAAAUAAUGCGGCUAUUUACAGUGGUCUGGGCCUUGAUAUUUCUUCACCUUCAUCCAUCGAGGAUAGCCCCGAUGGAUGUGGGAGUCUCUCCCCUGAAGUUAAUAAUGUUCCACAUGAAUCUCCACGAACCAUUCUUCAGAUCAUGACAUGCUUUUCAGUUCCUGGUGGCUUCCUGUUAUCCCCUCUGCCAGCCAAUAUCUUGCAAUUGACAAAGAAGGUUGUGGCUUCGUCAAAGAAGUGGGAAUCACAUGUGGACAUAGAAAAUGUACAAGAAACAUAUGAAGGUCAUGUGGCUAAAAAGGUGAAAUCUGAUGGUAAGAAAAAGAAACUGGUAGAUGCAAAGAAUUUAAAGAGCAGAAAUGAUAUUAGUGCAGUUAUGAAAAAGGAGAUUGAUAUAGAAACAGCUGCUGGUCAAAAAAUCGUAUCUGAAGCUCUGAACAUAGCAUUGCUGUCUGAUCCCAGAGCUAUGGAGAGAAAAGGUGAGAAUCAACUUGAAGAGGAGCCAACAGAAAACAACUUGGGUGGAAAUAAAGAUACUCGACUGAAAGAAUGGGCUAUCAAGAGUGACUCCAUGACAAUCAAAGCGGAACCUGUCAAAGCGGAGGCGGCGGAAUGCUUAGAGAACAGUAGUUUUGGUAGUUCAGAAAUGGACUUUUCAGCAGCAAAGGGAGAAGUAAAACCCAAGACAGAGAAGGGGGGGACCAAUUUAGAAGAAAGGAACACAACUAAUGACAAAAAUUUAAUAUUGGAUAGGAAGCAAGAAAAGAAAAUAAAACCUGAGAGUAAAUUUAAUGCCUCUAACUUUGAAGGCGGCAAUGUUAUAAAUGAAAAGGCUCCAGCUGUUUCCCGUACCAUGGGGAAGGCUUCUGGUAAAGAAAGUUUACCUUAUGACACAAAUGGGGAGAAUAACUCCAAGAGCGAGGUCAAAAAAAUGCAGAGAGAACAAAAGGUCAAUGCUUCAACAUCUUCUGAUUUCCUGGAGGAAGAGAAGCACAUUCAUUCUUCUGCUGCAGUUAAGGAGAGGAAAAUUGACAUGCAAUCCAAAUCUAGCCAUACUGGAAAGAAACCCAAAGCAAAAUCACAUAGAGAUGCUAGGGACAACUUACCUGAAGGAUCUUAUGUAGGCAAGGAACAGGAUACAUUGGAGAGUGAAAGUGGCCUUGGAGAACCCCGGCCAAAGGAAAAAUCUUGGAAAAAUGACAGCGAGAGGGACUCUGAUAUGCCUGGUAACUUGAGGAGGGAGAUUUCUUCUAGCAUAAAGCAUGACAAACAUGCAGCUUCUGAGGAGCAGAAGAUGCAUAUACCUCCACCUGCUACCGUAUCAACUACAAAUGCAGCUCCUAGUCUUCCAGCCCCAGUUGUAAUAGAGGAACAUUGGGUGUGCUGUGAUAUAUGCCAGAGAUGGCGUCUCCUACCAUAUGAGAUGAAUCCUUUAAGUCUUCCUAAGAAGUGGAAGUGUAGCAUGCUACACUGGCUGCCUGGGAUGAAUAGGUGUGAGAUCAGUGAAGAAGAGACUACAAAUGCUCUAAAUGCAUUAUAUGUCAUGCCAGUGCCCGCAAAUGGUAUUCCUAACGGUGGUCAUCCCCAUGUUGCUUCAGCAGGACUAGUGGCAUCCAGCACUUCUAAUUUAAAUGGACAUGCUGAGCAGAGUAGGAAAAGAAAAAAUGCUCUGAGUGAUGGAAAUUUUAUGGCUGAGGGUUCUCACCAAUCACAGGCUUCAGGUCAUCCAGUGAGCAACCAACAUACUUCUAGUAAAAGUAAAAGUUACGCUGAUGGUAGUCAGUAUCCGAUCGAGAGAGAUUCUGUUAGCAAAUUGGCUGACCCAAUUACUGAAAAGAAAAGGUCCAAGAGCAAGCAUCGCAGUAGCUAUUCUGAUGGAGGAGAUCUUGUUGAAAGAUCUAAGAAGCAUUCAAAAGUAAAGAGCAAGAGAGACAUGGAUCAUGAUGAAUACAAAGCUUCUAAGAAAAUUAGGAAAGAAGUGCGAAAUCAUUUUGACAGAGAUAAUCCUGGAUGCGAUUUAGCUAGUGGAGAUGCUCCUGAUGAGGUCAAGGCUUUGGCUGGGAAGACAGCAACUUCAAAGGGUUCUGGUGAAAGGAGUGAUGUUUCUUCAUCAAAGCAAAAAAAUAUUUCACGGAAUAAUCGUUUGGAAAAUUCCAAGAAAGCUACAAAUGAGGAUGUAUUUAUUCCUGAAGAUGAGAACAAGGAAUAUUUUCAGCAGUCAGAUGUACAAAGAUCAGAUUUGUCUAGUAAGAAGAGGAUUGUGAAGGAAUGGGAGGAGAGUCAGUACAAUUCAGUAGCUCAUGUAAGCAAAGGAGCUACAGCAAACACCGGCUCUGCUAUCAAGGAAAUAUAUAAGGAUCCGAACUUGAAGGAGGCAAAGUUGAAGUCAUUGAAGUCUGAAGAACUGUUGUCAGCGACAGACUCCAAACUGGGGAAAAUUCAAAAUGCUGAUCAGAUUUUGUCUUACGAUGGGGGGCAUAUGAACAAUGAGUUAGUUGAAGACAACACACUCUUUCGAGGUAAAAGAGGUCUGCCCGAACUAGAAAGUAACCUUUGUGAUCAGACUUUGGACUUGGGUGAACCUGCUCCUAGUGAUGUGGCCUAUGUUCAGAGUGCAGCUGUAACUUCAAGUUCUUCGAAGGCUUCAGGCUCACAAAAAAAGAAGCAUAACACUCAAGCUACAAAGACUUCGCCAAUUGAGUCUCUUUCUUCAUCACCACAGAGAAACUCUAACAUUGAUAAGGUCCCUCAUAGUAGAAUUUCAGGUAAGGAUGGACCUCUUAAUGCUAACUCAAGCACCACGCCAAUCAUGGUAAAACAACUAAAUACUGAAGUCGGCGUAGCAGGCAACGAUCAACGGACUAGUGAACCUGUUUCGGUUGGUUCUUCUCGAAGAAAAUCUGAUAAAGAUAACGGACCGGUUCAAUUAACGCAAGGUCAUGCCUCUGAUGGUAUUCAUUAUGAAAGAGGUUUGAAUGAUGAUCUGCAGCAUGAAUCUGGGAGGAAGGAUUCCAAUGUGAAGGGCUCCCAUAUACCUAGGGGUUCUAACCAUUUGCAUUCUGGUGACAGAAAUAACUACCAUACAGAUGGCUCUUCGAUGCAACCAGGAAAGCAUACUGUCGACGCAAAGACAUCAGUGUUGGAUACUAAAGGUGAUUCCGGUGUGCAUGAAUAUAAGAAAAGCACAAAUUCCCUUCAAGAUAGAAAUGGAUCAACUCAUUGUCCACCAGAUGGAAAUCCUCUGCUAGGUUUGCCAUCUGGAAAAGAAAAAUCAUAUCACAAGAGCAACAAGCAAGAUUCACAGAAGCCUAAACCCCAGAUGGGCUCACCUCCGAAAGAAAGCAAAUUUGAUUCCCACUCUAUUCCAUUAAAACCUAAUGGGUCAAAAUUGACUCCACAGAUAAGACAGUACAACACUGAAAAUGGAGGGCGACAUGGCACUGCAAAACAAGCAAUUCCUAGUCCUGCUCAUACUUCUAGUCCAGCUAGGAAGGAUAAUACUUCGGCUGCAUAUGCUCUCAAAGAAGCCCGGGAUUUAAAGCACAAGGCUAAUCGUUUGAAGGAAGAAGGGAAAGAACUUGAAAGCACAAGACUCUACUUUGAGGCUGCCUUAAAAUUUUUGCAUGUUGCGUCACUUUUGGAACCUCCUAAUUUUGAUGGUUCGAAACAAGGAGAUGCAGCCCAGAGCAUGUAUUCAGAUACUGCAAAACUUUGCAACUUUGUUGGUCACGCAUAUGAAAAAUGCAAGAAGAUGGCUGCUGCUGCUUUAGCAUAUAAGUGUGUUGAAGUUGCUUAUCUGAAGGCUGCAUACUACAAAUACCCAACUGCAAGCAAGGAUAGACAAGUGUUACAGGCAGUUGUACAGACUGCACCAGGUGAAUCACCAUCAUCUUCAGCCUCAGACAUUGAUAAUUUAAAUAACAAUGGAUUAUCUAAGGGCUCUUCCAGCAAGGAUGCUAAUUCGCCACAAGUGGCUGGGAAUAAUUUGUUGCUGGCUGCUCGUAAUCAACCACACUUGAUGCGGUUACUAGCUUAUACAAAUGAUGUCAAUGGUGCAUUUGAGGCAACUCGGAAGUCGCAAUCAGCAAUUGCUUCUGCUGCUGGCACUCAUGAAAAUGGAAUAGACAGUCUUUCUUCAGUAAGAACAGUUCUGGAUUUCAACUUCCGAAGUGUGAAUGAUCUACUAAGGCUUGUGCGGAUUUCAAUGGAGUCUAUCAGCUGCUGACAUGUUUAUAAUCUGGGUAAAUGCCAUCAGUUGAACCGUCCUGUGUAUGUGCAAACCAAUUUGAACUUUGUCCUUGACGAGGUAGCAUGAAGCUGAAUAGUUCAACAGUGCAAAAAGCAUGGGUCUUCUCAAUUGCACACGCUGGUCAAUUUGUACAGAAACUGAUCUUUAUUUUUUUAUGGCACCCAAUUAGUAUACUUUGUUCCACAUCACUUGGAUGAUUUAGUUUUAGUGUGGGACGCAACUGAAGAUGAGCCUCGCACGGCUCAGUGCUUGUAAUAGUUUGGAGGUAGGAGUCGCUUCACUGCCUGCAGUUGAUAAGAUAUUUUGUUAUCUGGAAAGCGGCUCGCUCCUGAGCGUUCUCUUUCUACAUGAUGUAAAUUAUGUGGUUCCCUGUCAAGGCUGGCUUAUGGCUGAAGAGUCAGUAUCAUAGUUUCCAUUGAGCAGUACCAGAUGAUGUGUUGCCACUUGACAAUUUUGAUGGGAGAGGACAACAAAACCAACUAAUUGUGCUAACCAACAAGACGGGGCAGUUUUUUCUUUUCACCCUUGCCAUGAUGCCAUGUCUUCUGGAUAAAGUUCAUGCAGGUUUCAUAUAAGAAAUCACUUGGACCAUCAGCUUUGUUUGGAUGCUGUACAAAGAAUUCUAGUGUACAAUAGGCUAACCCUUUUUCAUGAUCAUCAAUACCAACACUGUCACCAGCACAUGUACAUGUAUAUAUACAGAUACUAAAGGUGGAAACAUUUGUUACGACGUGCUGGUGCAUGUAUGACGCCUUUGAUUCUGCCAAGCUUUUUCUCGUUGACUAUUCUUCAUCAAAUUUUGUCACUUUUAGUUGUUUCAGAUAGUGUCUAGUACCGAGAACUUGUUGCAGAAUGCAAAAUAAGUUCCAUGUUCUGUACAACUUGUAGCAUAACUUAGUUUCAGUUCGUUGAGUAAAGCGGUGCUAAGUUUCAGUUCA